AUGCAGCUCCUGGUUGAGGCGGCGGCCUUGGGGCUGCUUUUCUGUGGGCUGCUGUGGGCAGGCCCUGUGGAAGGGAGUGACAGCUCCAGAUGGCCAGAACGAUACAUCUAUUUGCAGUCUGGCAGAGCGCCAGCUGGCAGGUACGGGGCCUAUGGCCGAAAGACUACUGGCGGAAGCGAACUCCACAGGAAGUCAAUCCCCUGCGAAGAGUCCAGCAGCAUCUCUGACGGGUCCCAAAUAGGGCCUGCCUUGGCGCGCACAGCCAGCGAAGUAGGCCAGCACCGGGCGCUGCUGCUGUCUAUAGCGCUGGGAUUGAUUUUUCUGGUGCGUGGCUACUACAUAAGCAAGUCGGGCAGCAAGCCAUCGGAGAUCCAGAGCCUCCGCAACAAGCUGGAGAGCCGGAUGGACCGGCUGGCCACAGAGAAGGCCAAGUUGCUGGAGUCGAAGGCACGCCUAAGCGAAAUGCAGCGCCAGAUAGCUCACGAGCAAGGCAUUGCACAGGGCCAGAAGCUCCACUUGGAACGCCAGAAGCUGCUGCUGCACGCAGAGGAGGAGGAACUCCGCAGCAGGGAAAGCCGCAUGGAGGCCGAGCGAGCCAGCCUGCGAGAAGUCGAGAAGGAGGCUAGGCAGACGAAAAAAGUGUUCCUGGGCAAUAAAUUUCCAGAGGGGAACGAGGGAAACGAGGACUUGCAGGCUGCAGGAAGGACCCACACCCUUGGCCAAGCCGCCGAUAUGAUGAAGAGGGUGGAGGCGGAGUUGGGCGUUUUCGAGACAGCAGUAUGCAGCUCCUCUCAGGCCAGCAAAAGGACCCUUCUGGUUCGGGAAUUCACGGAACUGGCCAAGAUGAGAGCAGCAAUAACAGUGCUCAGAUCUCUCCCCGAGGAACCCACCAACGCGGAAGAGGCCAGGGACAUCCUGAGGGCCCGCCGAUUGCUCUUGGCCGCCGCCGUUCGCUGCCAGGUCAUCUCAUGGUCGACCAUUCAUCGACUUUUGCAGCUCAAGGUUGAGCUACAGGCGGAGAUGAUCCUGGAGAACUCGGGCAAGGAAGGGCUCGAGAAGCUCCGUGAAGUCGCGGAGACGGAAUGGCAGGUGCAGGAGGGGCAGCAGAAACGGGCGAGGUGCACCCUGACGCAGCUGGAACAGGAAAUAAAGAAGUGCAGGGAGAAACAGCGCCAGCUGCACGAGUACGGAGCGAACCACAAGAACCUUCGACGGGACGCCGUCAAGAGGCUCGAGAAGCAACUCUUCGACUGGGAGAGCUACGAAGUCACUGUAAGGGCCACCAAGGCCAGGAUUCUGGCUACUGAGGCAUCAGCAUCCACCACACGCGAAGUGUUCCUUCGGCAGAAACGCGCGCAAAUCCAGCGGGCAAUUGACAACCAAGCUCAAAGGUGGCGGCGGCUUCCUAACGACUCCAUUCGCGUUACAGAGCUUCAGACUCUGCUUUCGGCCGUCAGUGAUGAGCUUGAGGAGGCCAGGGAGAUCUAUGAUAUGGCCAAAGAAGUCAAGGAGGCCUACGAAGCGAAACACCCAGUCACGGAGGAAACGCCCUCGUCAGCGCAGCAGAAGCAACAAGCCAAGCCACACAAGCCCCUUGUCUUCGAGGAGAGGCGCCGCACAUACUUGUACGACAGAGGAAACCUGGGAUCUCCUGAUUCAUCACUGGCGAAAUCCUCCCAUGCGCUGCCUGUAAUUUCCACUGUAAGUGCGUCUUCGUUGUCAUCUUCGGGGGGAUACAAAGUAGGCUUCUUACCUCGCGCACCCGAGGGAGUGCUGAUGGGGAAACAGCUCAGUCAGGUCCCAGCGUGCUCAAGUUCUCCGGAUUACGAGAAUUCCAAUGGGUACAGGCAGUUCGAAGGUAAAACACAACAAGCAAAGACUAAUCCGGCAGCACUUGAGCCAGGACACCCAAAAAUCCCACUUCCAAUUCAACAGGACAAUAUGUUGGUGCUGAGCAAUCAGGAACAGCCGCCUUCAGAGUCAGGUGACAGCGAAGCAGCUGAUGAAAUACCGUACAUAGACGAUGAUGACGAUUCUGAAGAAACUCCUCCUUUACCACCGCCGCGUAUAAUUCCACCGCCACCAAAACGCCCGCUACUACCGGACAAUGCCAUUCUUGAAACGGAUCUGGAUGCGGAUUCUCCCGGCGCAGCUACACCAUUCCAUUUGGACGCAUCUUCAGAAGAUGACGACAGUUUUAGCUUGCCAUCGUUACCUCCACCCAUGCUUCCCCUGCCAAGAGGUACAAACGUCCUAGCUUCCAAGGGCUUCACGCCCACACAGCCAAGCAUCUCGUCAUCGGGAAAGCCAUUUACGGAAGUGUCCUCGAAGCCUGCCUCAGAAGCUGGAGCUCCAAUACCACGCGUUGACAUUCAAGAGGCAAGCGGACCUCAAACGCAUUCAGGUGUGUCUGAUGCUCACCCGCUGCACCUCGAAGCGUCUUCCCUUUCUUGA